AUCCCCGCUCUGGACUCUAUAUCCGGGAAGAAGAGGACCUGCUGCAACCCUCCCGCCCCCCUCCCCAGCAGCCUGAGCCCGGAACUGCUGCCCGUCCGCGGCUCCCGGCAGUGCCAGGAAAGGGCAGAGCGUUGCAAGAACUUACAGUUCUCUCGUCUGCCCGCGGCUGGUUUAAUCGCUUGCAAUGAGGAUCCGUCUGGCCAGAAGAUGGACUUGGCUUGGCAGAAGCUGCCUGUUGCUUGGCCUCUUGAUGGUUGCCUACUUCGUAGUGGAACUGUCUGUUUCUACCUUCCAUGCCUCCUCCACCGGAGACAGCGUCACCAAUGGGAGAUGGGAGAGGCACUUUUCUAAUAGAGCAGAAAAAGCAGAGGAUUUGGCUCGUCCAGUUUAUGAAAAAUCCCCUCCUGAUUCUUCUGCGCCAGGAGAAUGGGGUAAGGCCGCUCGUCCACAAUUGACUCCUGAGGAAAAGAAACUUGAAGAAGAGCUGAUUGAAAAAUAUGCAAUUAAUAUUUAUUUGAGUGACAGAAUAUCUCUACAUCGUCACAUACAGGACAAUCGAAUGUAUGAAUGUAAAGCCAAAUCUUACAACUAUAGAAAACUUCCAACUACAUCCGUUAUAAUUGCUUUCUAUAAUGAAGCUUGGUCAACCUUACUGCGGACAAUUCACAGCGUUCUUGAAACAUCUCCUGCAGUACUUCUAAAAGAAAUUAUACUAGUGGAUGACUUGAGCGAUAAAAUAUAUCUGAAGGCUGAACUUGAAAAGUACAUUAGUAACCUGAAAAGAGUUCGUUUGAUAAGAACCAGCAAACGAGAAGGACUGGUUCGUGCACGCUUAAUUGGAGCUACCUUUGCUACUGGUGAUGUCCUCACAUUUCUAGACUGUCAUUGUGAGUGUAACUCUGGUUGGCUGGAACCACUUUUAGAGAGGAUUGCUGAGAACGAGACUGUGAUCAUUUGUCCUGUUAUAGAUACCAUUGAUUGGAAUACAUUUGAAUUCUACAUGCAGACGGGUGAGCCCAUGAUUGGGGGAUUUGACUGGCGAUUGACAUUUCAGUGGCAUUCCGUGCCUGAACAUGAACGUCAAAGAUGGAAAUCUAAAACUGACCCAAUUAGAUCCCCAACUAUGGCUGGUGGGCUAUUUGCAGUUAGUAAGAAGUAUUUUGAGUAUCUUGGUACAUAUGACACAGGGAUGGAUGUCUGGGGUGGGGAGAAUUUAGAACUAUCAUUCAGGGUGUGGCAAUGUGGCGGCACGUUGGAGAUCCAUCCUUGUUCCCAUGUAGGCCAUGUGUUUCCAAAGCGGGCUCCAUAUGCGAGGCCAAAUUUCCUUCAGAACACUGCACGUGCUGCCGAAGUGUGGAUGGAUGAAUAUAAAGAACAUUUUUACAAUAGAAAUCCUCCAGCAAGAAAAGAAAAUUAUGGUGAUAUUUCUGAAAGAAAACUAGUAAGAGAGCGUUUGAAAUGUAAGAGUUUUGACUGGUAUUUGAAAAAUAUUUUUUCCAACUUACAUGUACCAGAGGAUCGUCCGGGCUGGCAUGGAGCUAUCCACAGUAUGGGAAUAUCAUCAGAAUGUCUAGAUUACAAUUCACCUGAACAUAAUCCUACUGGGACUUACGUGUCUCUCUUUGGAUGUCAUGGUCAAGGAGGCAAUCAGUUCUUUGAAUAUACAUCGAGUAAAGAAAUUAGGUUUAACUCUGUGACUGAACUAUGUGCUGAAGUCCCUGAACAAAAGGAUUUAAUUGGCAUGAGGAACUGCCCAAAAGAUAGAUCCCCUAUCCCAGAAAAUAUCAUAUGGCAUUUUAAAGAGGAUGGGACCAUUUAUCAUCCUCAUUCAGGAAAGUGCCUUAGUGCUUAUCGUACUUCUGAGGGUCGGCCUGAUGUGCAAAUGAGGACUUGUAAUGCUGCAGAUAAAAAUCAAAUUUGGAAGUUUGAGAAAUAAAAUAGCCACUGAUGAUAGUUAUUAUCUGAAGAACUUCAGAGUAAAUUAGUGGCUGGCUAUGCUUUGAUACGUGGAUGUCCUCUGAGAGCCUUCUCUAUAGUAGUUUAGGAACUGAAUCUCUUAUGCUGAAAUUUACAGAAGUGGGUUGGCAAAUACUGGGAAUUAAUAUUUAAAAGUGCCUUUUUGUACUGACUUAAGGUUUUUAUUUUUGUAGAGUUUUGAUUCAUUAAAUUCACAGAAUAAAUAAUACAGUAGUACAUGGCUGAGUUAACAUUGGUGUGGGAAGUCGAACCUUAAUCCUUAGUACGUUGUAUAAUCAUCCAGGUGUUUACUUUAUUGGAGAUCUGCCAACUCCUAAGGGUGUUGAAGAGGUCGUCAUAUUUUGUAAGGAAUGAAAGUUUCUAUUUUCUAACUACUUGGAAGACGGGAAACAUUAGGACUGGCCGUGCUUCAUUCCCUAAUUCAUAUCCCCCUCCACACGUGAACACCUCUUCAGUCUUGCCCUAGUUCCUGAAAGCAACUUGGUUCUUCAACACCUCCUUCCCCCCUUCUCCCCUCGCCCUAAUGCUAGAGGUAGUGAGGUAGUGGAACUAGGAAGAUGGGCUAGUAGUAUGAGAAUGUUGGCCAGGUGGAGGUUGGGGGUGGGAAGGAGAUGGUUAGGGGUGGGAGACUAUAGAGUGUGUGUGGUGCAUUUAUCUUGAGUGUGAGAGAGAAAAGGAUGGGUGUCAUGUUGACAUCUGUUUCUUAUCUUUGAAUUCUCAGAACUAGUAUGCACAUCCUGAGUGCUGUAAGCAUUAGCUAGUACUCAAUUUCUGGACACUUGUUUAUAUUCUCAACACUACCAUUAUGUUUACAUAAUCUUUUGCAUUCUUUCUUGUCUUUUUUGUUUGUUUGUUUGUUGUUUUUUAAAUAUAUGUAAUAUUUUAUAUACCAGUAUGUUAGGAGGUUAAGGAAAGAGGUGCUUGUGUAGGUCUUUUCAUAAUGAUAUUAAGGCAGUGGUUCUCCACCUAUUUACUGUUGCGGGCUGCAUAUGCAGCUCUCUAUGUGUUAUGUAGGCCACAUUCACUCAAUAUGUAUACGGCCUGUGUGGCCCUGAGGAUGUCACAUGGGCUGCAGCUGUGUGCUGAUUGGUCCGCAAGCGACCUGCGGUUUGAGAACCAUUGCAUUAAGGUGUUUCUUUAAAUAUGUGAUCAUAGAUAGGAUGUUCAAAUAAAGUUUCUUAGGUGUGUGAUCAUUGGAUUGCAUAUUCUAGAAAAAGUACAAUGCCAGUACCAAGCAUGUUGGGGCCUCUACAUGAUUCUUUGAGGCAUUGGCUUAAGCUUUGGCAAAUCCAGGAUGGUUUUUUUUUUUUUUUUUUUUUUUUUUU